CUGAGCCUGCCCGCUGCCGUCGGUCGAAGACGUCCCGCUCCCCGGCGACCGUGCUUUGUCACUCCUGCGGCUGAGUCCCUGGGAGCGUCUCCAGAGGCAGUAGCGGAGGGUUGUCCUUCGCUCUCUGCUCUUUGAAGUGGCUUAAGGCCUGGCCUAGCCUCUGGAAAGAAUGGGGCGGGAGACCGGACAGUCUCGCCGCAGACUGCGCGUGAAGUGGGGUGGUCUGAUCUAGCCCCUCUUUCAGCGGCCCGUCAACAGUAGGCCCGCACCACUCAGGGUGACGUGAUGGGAAUGGAAUUACAUAGUUCCUGCUCUCUUCUUUUUGGAGGGGGUACAGCAAGAGAGAGAAUGAGUCUGCAGACCCUAAAUGGAGAAAAUAUUAGUGAUGACAUAGUUGCUGAAAGCCAUGCAAUACAUUUUACAUCUCCAGAGGCUACAGGCAGGCCUUCUAUUCUUCGUCCAUCACAGAAAGAAAAUGUGCCACCAAAGGGGAUAGUGAAGCCUAUGAAGGUAACCUUUCAAACUCCUAUGCGGGAUCCUGAGACUCGCAGAAUCCUGAGUUCAGAUAAAAGGAAGAAUCCUAAAAAUCCUAUUAUAGGAGAUGACUGCACAGACGUACCAGAGGAUCUUGUCUUGCCUCCAUCCAAUGCUGUGAGUCAACAAACAGUUAUUGUAGAUACUGAUAUUGCAAGAGAGGGGAUCGAGAUGGAAAAAAAUGUUAGUUGUGAUCAUCCAGAUGAUGUAUUGCCAGCAAAAAGCAAUGGAACAUAUAUCCCCGACUUGCCUACUGCAAAUUAUGUUCAUUCAUUCAAAAGCUCCGAUGACUUUCUGAAUUCUCCUAAAAGUUUAAAAAUGUCUCCUUUGGAAGUGUUCACUGGAGCUGAAAAACAGGAUGGAGAUUCUCUGUCACUUGGUGUAGUUUGCCUGCCUCAAACUGCUACUGAAAAUAAUCUACCAGAAGAAACAGGUUGUGAAACAAAAACAUCCUUCAUCUCACUGCAAGAUGAAUAUGCCACAAAGCGAUUUCUAAGCUCUGACUGGGCUACAAAACCAGUUCGUAACAAAGUCUGCAAAGCUGAUGUUUUGUCAAUAUUGCACAUACAAAAUUCUCCUUUGCAACAAGUGCAAGAAUCCUGUAGCUUUGAGACUCUUAGCUGUGGUGAAAUAAAACAUUUCCAAACUGAGGAAUCGGAGUGGCAAAACUCCACAGUGGUGAACAGAAUCCUGCCAAAGUGUGAGGAAGAUGUCCGCAGAGCAAAACCUGAGUUCAUAAAACUAGAAUCUGAUAUGCUUGAAAUAUCAGAUAAUAUAUUUCCAAGGCAACCGGACAAGAAUAUUGAAGUUAAGACUCAUUCCAGGAAACCAACUUCAGCUCACAAAGUGCUGGAGAAAGCUGAAGAGAGAACCAACAUUGGAAUAGAAGAGAAUUCUGUCCCCAAAGCGUCUUAUAGCUUGGAUUGGAAUAAAUUUGAUGAUCCUAACUUCAAUCCAUUUGGAGGUGAUUCCAAUAUACAGAAGUCCCCUGUGUGUCCUAUCCCCACCAUUAAGAGAGCAAAUAUGCAAGAGGAUAGUAGCCCAUUUAAAGCAGGCUCUUUUCAAAUACCACUGCAUAAUCUACCAGAUGAAUUUGGAGCUGUAGAAAUAACACCCGAGAAACUGAAAGAAAUUGAGAAGCAGAUUAUAACUGAAGAUCAAGCCAUGGCUAAAGCAGAAACUCAAGCUGAACUGUCAAGGGAAUUGAUGGGAGACUUGUCUUUAAAUGGACAGUUACUUGUAGAUGACUUAUUGCUCACAUCCCAUUGUGGGAAGACUGGAACAGCAGUGGAUGAAAACUACCAGAUUGCAAAUAAAGAAAAUGACGAGUUCCGAUCACCCACAGAAGUUCUAGGACUGGACAUAGAAGUGGACUACCUGGAACAAUUUGGAAUGGCCUCGUUUAAGGAAUCCGUCCUGAGAAAGCAAUCUCUAUACUUGAAAUUUGACCCUCUGCUUAGUGAAAGCCCUAAGAAAAGUGAUCCUGCUGCUAAUGAAGCAAAGCUUGCAGCUCAAAAUAGACCUUCUACAGAAAUGGCAGUGUAUGAAGCAAAAACAUCCAAACAUGAAGAAAAGCCAUUGGGACUAGACCUAUUAGGAACUUUUCCAAAUCUGGUCCAAGGUUCUCCAGAUACGCCAACCAAUAUGGAUCUUUCACUGUUCUCUUCUGCUGUGUCUACUGAGGCUAUUACAGAAGUGUUGAAAUACAGUCAGAAAGACAUGGAUGCAGCUGUAGAAAAAGUUCAACUUGAGAAGGAUGCUAUUGUCAAAAAACUUACUUCUGGGGUACAAGAAAAGCAGAGGGAAGCUUUGGAAUGGAAAAGGAAGCAUGACAAAAUGUAUAAUGAAAGUAAAGAAAUGGGAAAAAUUGUUGCAGAAUUUGAAGGUACCAUAACACAAGUGAUGGAGGAUUCCCAGAACCAAAAGGAGCUUGCACAAAAAGAACUGCAGAAAGUACUGGAUGAAAAACAGCAAGUUACCUCUGAUCUGAGUUCCAUGGAAAAAUCUUUCUCUGAUCUCUUCAAACGAUUUGAAAAACAGAAGGAGGCAAUAGAAGGAUUUCAGAGGAAUGAAGAGGCUCUGAAGAAAUGUGUUGAGGAUUACCUUGCAAGAAUUAAGAAGGAAGAGCAGAGAUACCAAGCAUUGAAGGCCCAUGCAGAAGAAAAGCUAUGCCAAGCAAAUGAAGAGAUUGCCCAAGUAAGAAGCAAAGCCAAAGCAGAAGUGGUGGCCCUCCAAGCCAGUCUGCGCAAAGAACAAAUGAAAAUCCAGUCUCUAGAGAGAAGUAUUGAGCAGAAGACAAAGGAAAAUGAUGAACUCACAAAAAUCUGUGAUGACUUGAUUUCUAAGAUGGAAAAGAUGUGCUAAAUGUUGCAUCAUACCAUUUCUAACUUCACAAGUCUUGGAAUGGUUUUAUUAUAAAAGGUAACUACUAGGCUUUACUUCCACUAAUUUGACUAAUAUUGUUGGUCUGUAUGAAAUAGUUUUGGAAAAAGUAACUGGGAAUAAAAAAAUAACUGAGCACCUGUCAAAGGCACAUAGUCUUUUGUAAAUAAAAUUUCUGAUGCACUUUUA